GCACAUCCUUGGAAAGACUCACAAAAUAUUGUACUAUGAACUUCUUUUCUUCGAAUUCGAACUCAGCUGAACGGUACGCUACGGUACCAAAGUAAAAACUGGAUCAAGCAAUUACUAGUUGAAUACAAACAACACAAACGCAACGUCGCUGGAUUUCAUUUCGAAGACGAAUCCAUCUGUUACCAUCCACCAUUAUGCGUCGCACAAGCACGAAGGAUAAACAAAGCCGCCGCUGUCGGCGGAUUCGGCCGCGAACAUCAUUAUCAACAUCCACGAAAGGGUUUUCUUUGCUGCAUUCGGCGCUGCCGCUAUUUCUAGGAUUGGUAACUUUGUCUUUUACGUCGACAUCCGGCUUUGGCCCUUCAGUGAUACCUUCGGCUUUGUCUCCUUCCCCCGCUUUGUUUUUACGGUCGAUCGAAUCGUCGCCGAAGGCCAUAGCGAAUGGUGCUUCUUCUAGAUCUUCGUCGUCGCUUUCGGCCGCGGCAUCCGAAGGAGAACAAACAACACGAGCAAAGGCAACACCCUUCUCGCCAGAAGAGCUGGUCGCCAUGGCCAGGGACUACGUGGAAAAUCCUUCGCCAGAUUGGUGGUCCGACGAGGAGUUUGUCUUUCGAGGCCCCGUCAUCGGCCCUCUCGUCAAGAAAGAUCUGGUGGCCACGCUGACGGCCAACGAGGACCUGAGAACCGCCUUUCCCGACCUGCAGCAGAACGCCUUUGGGUUUACGGCCGACGAUCCCAUCGAGCCCAACCGGGUGUGGUACUUCGUGCGGCCGAGGGGAACCUUUGCCGGUCCAUUCCCGAUGCCAGGCACCGGGAAGAUGAUCCAGCCCACCAACGCCCCGUACAUCGGACCGCCCGAGUGCCGGUCGGUAAUCUUCAAUCGCGAGGGCAAGAUCAAGUACCAGUCGGUAGGAUACGUUGUGGACCGCUUCACCGGCGACACGACCGGCGGAAGGGGAGCCAUAUUCGGCCAGUACGCCGUCAUGGGACAGGACAUCGAUGCCAAUCCGGGGGCGGUGUCGACGAUUUUCCUUCAGAAACUUAGUGAGUAUCUGCCGCAGUUCCCCAAGUCUUACUCCAAGCGAGAAGACCUACCCAAAUGGUGGACAGACGAACGGAUGGGGGCCGAGCUGUGAGGUGUUGGCCCGCGGCUGAGAAAAUUAGGUGCUGCAACACAACAAAACAGAAAGAGAAAGCGAAAACGUUGGUACUUGUGAUGCACUACAAGCUAUGCGGUUGUGUUGUGCGGAGGAUGCGAUGCGAUGGCAGGCAAAAUGCCAAGAAACUACGGCACGAUAUGGUGCUAUAUAAUGUCGGCCGUGGUGGUGCAUUACAUGUCAGUUUUUCUCACAAGCAAAGGAAGCAUCAAGUUAUGUUGUGUGUCCAGCAAAUGAAUACUAUGCAGAGAUUCACCAGGUGUGGCAAAUUGAAUCCAGUGGUAUUUUCAUACCAAACAUUACCAAGUAGAGAAGAUCAUGACCAAAAACACCACUCCUCUUUUUAGUAAUGUUGUGACAUCACUUAAAUUUGAAUUACUUGUUAUUUUUUUUCUUGCAUCAGUACUAGCUAGUACUACCACCAGUAAUUGUACUGUUAAGGAAGAAGCAAACACCGAAGUCAACUGUUGGCACAAUUAGAGUCUGGGUGAAAAAGAGAGCAGUAUUGACAGAAUGCAAACUUGGAGCAAUAGUUUCUCAUCUUUCAUGAAGAAAAGAAGAGAUAAAUUGAUUUGUGCAGA